CCGGUUGAACAAGCGCCUUAUGGGUUUUUUUAAGCCGUUAUCCAGCCAUGAGUUUACUAAAGAGACUUGCGUCUUUGUCGCCGCUUCAAUCGCCGAGUUCAGACACGGAAAAAAAGCAACUAGACGACGGUUUUGUAGAGCUCGGCGCUCAGGAUUUUUUGAGGCUUGUAGACGUACACUGGAAUAAUGCGAAGUCAAUAAUAGCGCUAGACGAGAAAACCAUCGGCCAUCAAGAGCGGUGUAAUAUUUUAGUCCACCAUUUAAACGAAAUUAUUAAUGUUUUAGUCGAUGAAAAGGACGGUGACCCAGGUCCAUGUUUACAAUAUGUGCUGGAUGAAAAUGUAUUUCAUACCGUGUACAACUGGAGUGCAUCGAGCAAGAAUUGUGUCAAGGACAUGAAGCGAGAACAGCUGAGACUGUUUAGGAAUCUCAUCGAGAAGGGAAGAGCACCACUGUUGAUUUAUGAGCAGGUUUGGAAACCUCUCCUCUAUCUAUUGCAUUCUUGCGUAAACAACAUUUGCUCGGACGAGGAAGAACAUUUUGUGGCAGUGCUGAAGGGCCUUUGCGUGAGUGUCAACCGGGAUAUUGCACUGUUAGAUCUUUUUUUCUUGGAUAAUCACCAUCACGCACAGAUAGCCAAGCUAUCUGUGUUUUCUCUGCUGAUUCCUUAUGUUCAUCGGGAUGGAAAUGUUGGUGUUUGGGCUCGCGAUGCCAUGCUGUUAUGCAUGGCUUUAUCAUCAGUUGAUUCCAGGCUGGGCAGGUAUAUUGCCGAAGAUACAGACUUUUGUCCGGUUAGUGCUCCCUCGUCAUCAUAUUUUUUUAUGUUUUUAUUUUCACUUUCUGUUUGAGUUACAAUAUUUUUAACUUGUCGGCCCUUUGAGCGACGGCAGAUUAUGUUUUUUUUUAAAUCACCUUCAAACUUUGGCGGGCCUUUUCUUGUUGCUAUUUCGAAUAUGUCAUGUUUGUUUAUUUUAAUUGACUUCGGCUUGAAGUAGUUUAUCCUAUGGUUUAAGAAAUUUGCUGAUAAGGGAGAUCUGUUUUCGGUUUGAUAUGAGGCAACGAUUACUUAUUCACAUUGUUCUCGGAUACAGCGACUUCUUGCCUCCAGGUGUAUGCAAUACAUGGUACAUAUGAAAGUUGUUACGCCUUUUGUGUGGCUUGAUAAGAACUUUUAAACGGUAACGCAAACACGUAAAAUCGUGUCCCUAAAGUUCGUGUAUGAUCUCCCUUGAUCCUGUGUAAUUUUCGUUUGCGCUCGUUAAUUAUUCCUUGUGUGAAGCUGGAUUUCGUGCCUUGCCGUUAAACCCUCUUGCAAGAACAAUAUAUCGAUCACUUGAAACCAGAAAUGUGCUAAAUUGAAAUUUUACACUUCAAAUAAUGUGUUUCCCUAAUCUAUAUACGCAAAUGUAUGGGUUUGACUUCGAAUUUGACUGAGGGCUUUCAACAACUAUUAUUAGCUGGUGAAAAAUCUAGAAGAAAUCAAGGUUGAUUGGACAACAAAUGAAGCAAAUCAAUGUUUUACCAUCCUUUUCAAACUGGACAUUGGACCAAGUGUUGUUAGUGUUUAAAGUACAAUGUUCAGCGUUUCAGCCGCCAUGGCUAGUAUCCUUGAAAUCAUUAGCAUGGUCAUUGUAGUAUUUCAAGGCAGUUUUUGAAUACUCAGACAGAAUUUAGAUGUAGACUGUAUUCCUUGUCUAAGUUUCCCUCUUUAACAUCUUAGGUGUUGGCAACAGGACUCAGUGCCUUGUAUUCUGAUUUGCCAACAUCACUCGACAUACCUUCAGAGGACUGGUACUCUUUGGAGAGAGGUCUGUGGGCAACUUUCCCUGAGCUGGUUUCCUUUCUGACAUCACUUGAAUUUUGUAACAAUGUCAUUCAGGUAAACACAUGCACAUGUGCAUAUCCUGUGUAGCUGGUGAUGCAUGAAAAUGAAAGGUUGUCUUGUCUAACUCAUUGAUUUUUGUCAUGCUGGUAUGGUUACUUGAAGCCCCACAAGUGGACUUUCCUCAGAAUUUAGAGAGGAGAAUUAAAGAAGGAAUAUCUGUUAAAGGGGAGAUAUAUUGAAAAAUUGUAGGAUGGUUUGUAGGCAUCAGUCAAAGCUCAUUCCUAUUGUAGAAAGAGAAAUUCCACCUCGCUCACUGUGGAGUCUCUGUGGCUCGGUGGUAGAGCAUCUGAAGGUCUGAGGUUCAAUUCCUUAUGGGGACUCAGAAUUUUUUCUCUGUCUCACGCUUAUGACAAGACAAAAAGUACAAAAAUGAAAUCUUCCUUUAUUUUAUAUUCAUAAUUGUUAAGAAGAUAAUCCAGUUUUUAUUUCAAUUAUCUUUUGUAAAAUACUUGCCUUCAUAUAUGGUGGCCCAUAGAGGACAUGUCACAGACUGAACUGAACUUUUUUUUAAGUUUUGAACUUUCAACUCUCUGUUCAGAUUGCCCAUCCUCAAGUCCAGUCCAAGCUGCUGAAUCUCAUUUAUCAUGGAUUUCUGGUGUCAGUAAUGGCAUCAUCACUUGGCCAGGUAGGCUUUCAGUAUUUCACUUCCAAGGGUGACCAAUUGGUAAAUUCUCCACACCAUAUCAACUUGUUGUAAAGGAGGAAAGUGAUGAAAAUAAAGAAAAAUAUUAGUUAGGAGAUGGUAUUUGAUUGGAGACCAAAUUCUCAGAGCUGAGGUUAAAAGAAGUGUAUGACAGAUUGUAAUGAGAAUUGAUAAUGUGGAUAAUUUGUGGCAACUUUUCCUCUUUGCAGUCAUCUACUGAAGCAUUGAUAGCUGCUACAUCCUAUCUGGACUUGUUUCUACGCAGCAUCACUGAUGCCAAUCUAAUGAAAGUGUUUUUAGAGUUCAUUUUGGUGGAAAGAUGUGAUGGAAUGCCUAUUCUUGACUUAUUAGUUUCAAGGAUUGCACAUGAAUCUCAGGUAAAGUUGAUAUUACCGCUCACAUUUGGGUUAACAUAAUAACUACCCUAAUGAUUGGAUUUAGCAUUCUGAUUUGGUUUUUGUUUUGUUUUUUAAUAAGCACCCCUAUACCAAUAAGCAUCCCUAUUCUGUUUGGAGUACCUGUACUUUGAGUUCAAACACGGUUCAUAUUUCUUUAAUUGCAUACUUUAAGACUCAGACAUCCUUUUGGCUCAUGUCAGUGCACAAUUCCUUCAAAUGAAUGAUCUCUUCUUCAAUUUUUGCAACAAUUGCAUGUCCAGAAAGGAUCCAGGCACAACAAGUCUGUUUUCCAGUCUUCUUGAUCCUUUUCAAAUAUACAUCAAAACUUUUUUUGCACAUUCUGCCGUUUCUAAAGAAGUGCCCCUCUUAUAAGUGUCCUGUUUCAAAAAAAUUACCCUCCCUCAAGGUAUCAAAAGUAAAUAAGCCCCUGGGCUCUUAAAUCAAAUCAUCACAGUACCCUUGAAAUGUGGGGUGCAGCUAUUCAAGAGUUUCAAUAACUAUUUCCACAAGUGUCUGCUGCUGCUGCUGAAGAUGUAAUAGGUGGCUGUGCUUAAAGGGGGCUUUAGGGUAAAACCCAAACACGACAACCUGCUUGAUAGCUAAGCAAAGGCUAACUGGGCUUAAGGAAUGUAACUAGCUUUUAUUGAUACCCCUGAUAAUCUGUCCUGCACUACAACAAAAUAUUUUUUCAUUUUAAUACAAAUUAAAACCCUAAAAAUGCUUUUUGAAUACCUUAACAUAGUCAUCACAGUUCAUUUGUGUUGUCUUCAGUACUUUGAUGGAUGUAUUUAUAUUUAAAAUUCAUUUUUUUAAAUUCAUUAUCUUAGCUUGCUGUAGUAUCACUGGGUUUGUUUUACACUCUGUUGGACCUGAACUGUGAAGAUAUCAUAUAUAGUUUGGUGCUCAAGUGAGUUUCCAUACCUUCUGUUAAUAACAUUCAAUUAAUUACAGGUACAUAGUAGACUGGCAAUGUUUUUACUUUGUCUUAUAUAGCUCAGGUUAUCUCAAAUGCCUUCUUCCCCAUCAAGUUUUCAACCAUCAGCUUCCCUGCUGCUGUAUUAGCUGAGGGGGAUGGGCAGGUGGGGAAUAUGAAUACCUGGGUGCUCUUUCUUGGGCAUAAAAAGAGAACUUUUAAUUCAAAAGAACACACUGAAGGAGACAAACUGGGUUGCUUUUUAUAAAUUCCACAGUUUAAAAUGGUUUUGAGAAUCACUUGUCCACCAAAGUCAAGUGGCUGUUGCACUGAGUCCAGUUGUUCAAAGGGAGGGUAAUGCUAUCUGAUGGAUAAAUUACUUUACAACAGAUAUGUGUUGACAGAAUGUACUGCACAAUCCGUCUGAAAGAGAUUUAUGUCCUUUUCAUAGCAUUAUCCAUUGUAUGAACAACUGUAGCUUGGACUCUGCAUCCACAGAUCUUUGGUCCAGUCCUUGCAAGAUCUUUGUGUUGUGUUCUUGGGAGAGACACUUUAUUCUUAAGGUGCCUGUCUCACUCAGGAGUAUGUAUGGGUAGAGUUAAACUGUCAGGGAAAGCUGACAAGAUGAUUGGAGGUAACCCAGGCUUCCCAUUCAGGGGGAGUGACAAUACUCCUGGUGGGUUCAUGCUGUAGAAACCAGGCUUUGUCUGAAUGUGCCACUUGGCUCAACUGCAGGCUGUACCUUCCUUAGGUAAGGUACUUUACUUAGGGGAACCAGUGGAAAUGCCAGCAGGGUGGGGAGGGUAACAAGCAAUGAACUAGCAUCUCAUCCCAUGAAGUGACUUUGUAUACCCGUACUCCCAGCCGUCUCAUUCUGCAAAAACCCAGGAUGCACAUUUUCAGUUUUGGGCCUUUUGAUGUCAAAGAUCCUUAAACUGAUUGGGUAUCACUACAUUACCUGAACCAUACAACUGACUCCUUAACAGAUAUCUGAUUCCUUGCACGCACAUUCUGAGCAGCCAGAAAAGAACUAUCAAGGAAGUGGAUCUGUACAGCAAGAGCGCCUUUAAAUUCUUAUCGUUGAUACCUUCCUGUUGCAAUAACUCCAGCCGCAACUCAUCGUCGUCUUCUUCCACUGAGAAUCUCAACGGGAGCGCACCCACCCCACCCAUGAAGAUCGACCUCAAAGCAUCCAGCGAAUUGGUGUUUUACCGGUCUUCUUUUCUUGGAGAUCUGUACUCAGAAGUUUGUGCAGAUUACAUGGAGUACCUUGCAGACGCGCGAAGUUUAUUGAGAAUUUGUCAAAUGAAGUGCGCGUGCUGGUCCGCACCCUAUGAUGGACAAAACCCUGCCGUACAGGACCCCUCCUCGAAAGAACGAGAGCGGUCUUCAUCUAACGUGUCCAUGCCUGUUGCCAAUGGCAACAUUCCGAACCAGGUUUCACUUUCACCCCAGGAUGCGCAAGCGCCUGUGAAGCGAUCAUUAUCAGCGACUGAGUUUGAACAGAAGCAAAUUAAGCCAGACUUGGGACCGUUUUUAAUAACGCUGUUUCAAAAAGUUGAACGAAUGCCGCAGAACACGUUUUAUGUGAACUUGAUUUUGACUGGUGUGGUUACUAGACUGGCCUUAUAUCCUCAACCGCUAUUACGAUCGUUUCUUCUUAAUUACAACAUGGUUCUUAAACCAGGAGUUCGCUCACUAUUUCAGGUAGGAGAUGCUGCCUCUUUUAUUUUAAUGCGUUGUUUCCUUUUGUGUUCCAGGCGUUCAUUAAGUUGCCCUGAAAAGUCAUCAUCUGUUUUCAUCCAACUUCCGUGUCCUGCAAAUUAUAUGUCAAUGAUACUAGACACAAUAGCUUCUUUUUGGAUAGAAAUUGUGCUCCCAUAUUUUUCCUUGGACACCAUCUGUCCCUCAAAGCCUAUAGUUUUCUUUGAGCUUCGCCCUUAUGUCUGCGGAUAAAUAUCCGAGUGUGUUUUCGCGCCAGUUGAAGCCUGUUUUCCAUUUUUAACUCUAUUGCGAUUUUAAGAAAGCAUCGCGCCCGAAAUUAAAACUAUUUUUGUGUUGUAUUUCACGUAGAUCCUUAGUUCGGUGAAAAUUAAAGUAGAGAACAUUGCUGAUCAAGUUGACGAACUCGACAAACUCCUGCGCCGGGCCAGAAAGAACCUAAUUCUUCGCGAGGAAAAGAGUCGAGUCAGUAUUCAGAGCGUUGUUGUGGACGUACAACAACCGGUGAAAAUAUCAAAAAACCCUGAAACCAGAAGCCCUACGACGACUCGAAAGCUGUUAAAACAGAAAACGGACUCUUCCUUACUGAGCAAUGUCCGCAUGCUCAAAGACGGCCCUGCGCCGAAAUAUUUUGGCAAGGGAAGUUCUAAUCUUCGAAAACAAUCGAUAGACGUUUCCUUAAGCCCGAAAUUGACAAAAGCCAACCAGGAAAGACGGGGAAGUUUAGAAAGUGCAAGCACCAACUCAAGUUUGUCCUUAAGCGAGUCGUGGGAGAGCUUAAACUCUUUGAGCCCUAAGUACGGUAGCACCGCUGAUUUAAGCGCUGAGAACUAUCCCAAACCGGGUACCAUUCGAAAACUUUCCAGUCCCCAAAACUCGCCGAAAAAUUCCUUUAAGAAGAACACUUACAAGAGGAAAAAUCCGAAGACUGUGAAAAACGCGGUGUACUGUAUUGUGGUUUUGGAGGAGUGGCUGAAAGAACUAGCGGCAAUUUCACAAGAACAUGCUUUGGUGCUUGGUGUAGGUGAGGAGUUGAACACCGUUUCCCUGUGACCAUUUAAGGGGUGAAAAUUACCCCAGGGGUAUUACAUUCCUUGGGAUUAGUAACCGUGUGAGUAACCAAUCACUUUCCAGAACACGAGUCAAUAUUAUGGUAUCAAUCAUGCUCAUGUGUAACAACUUUUGCGAGCUAUUUUCUAUUGCUUGUAGAGGAAAAAAAACAUUGUGUCUGUAAUUGUGCUGCUUUGUGGCACACGGUAUAAAAAUGAAAAAAUGGACGAAUUGUGAGCAGGAAGCGCAGACUGAAACUCGAAUUUCCUUUUCAACUUUUUUACGCAUGCGCUACCACUAUGGUGGUGGCAGACGAUUUGGAUUCUCAUGGAAAAAAAAGAACUGUACAUUUUUUUGAUAGUAGGUUAACAUGUUAAAAUUAUAAAUUUUUUUAUCGGUGGAAAGUUCUCUCUCUUUAAUUAAUGCAUCCAGAGAGAGACUAAAUGAAAAUAUUUUAUUCGGUUAUCAGUUGAAACGCUGUUGUAUAUGUAGGGUUUUUUUUCUUCAAAAUUCUCGGUUCGGACCGUCGGAACUUAUAAAUACAAACUCUACUUACCAUACUUACCAUUCCCAAGUGAAUUGUAGCCUGAAAAAUCAUCUUACUUAAAGAUGUAUCUUUUUAGGGUUAAUUUCAUUCUCUACUCAAUUUGUGAAUUUCAUAUUUAUCACUAGCUCGUCCGUGCUAUCAAGGUAGAGCAUUCUAUUUUUGCAGGACAAGCAUUCUGAUGUCAUUAAUGCGCGAUAGACCGGAUUCCGACCGGAAUCAAAAUUUAGAAUCCCAAUUAUAUAGCUAAGGUACAAUUUGAUUUUGAUUUUGAGUGAAAGGAGCACCUUGGUAGAAUCGCUAGAAAAAGUGACCGGAAUAACUGUAAUAUAUGAGGUAUUUAAAGGUCGGUCGGGUCCUGUCAGUGGGCUCAGUGCGCAAGAACGAGGCCAGAGUUAAUCACGUGUUAAGCAUGUACGCUUUAUGGGUAAUCAGUGAGGUCAGAGCACGAGAACGAAGCCAGAAUUAUUCAGGUGUAUGGGAUGCAUGCUAGAAAGCGACAUUAGAAAUGUAAUUUUUAAAUAACACGUACCAUCAAGGAAAAUAAUUUUAAAUAAAAGUAAGCUGAGUUUUGUAAAUCUGUACAAACGUCAUGGAGUCACUAACAGCAAUAUUCGGUGUUGAUACAACGUACACACCCUAUGUCGAAGUCCUCUGAUAAUUUGUCUUAUUAAGGCUCCUUACGCUCAACCAUCUUUGGCGCAGCAAGCUCGUUUCCAGACUCCACGCCAUUUAUUUCUCUCGGAAAUAUAAAAGAAAUGGAAGGGUUGAUCAUUGAAUUAUUCUUCUCGAAUUCAUAAUUUUAUUCUUGAUAAUGUAGAGUACAUUUUCGUGCAAUAUUAACUAAUAUAAUAAAUUGAAGAAUAAUCUCUCGAUUCAAGAGGAGAUUCAAAUAUACUUGCGC